AUGAUUACCUCUUCUUUAAUUCCAGUUGAUUAUUUACCCUGGAACCAACCAAAACGGGAGCUUCUUCGUCCGCCACACAAGUACCGGCCAGCGUCCACCAGGUUUGAGAACAGAACCACAAACCAGGAUGACUAUACCAUGAAAGGCUGCGUGACCACUGUGAGCUGUAAGCCUCCAGCCAAGGCGAGGCUCUGUAACAUCCCCUUGGAGGAUCUGACUAACUAUAAGAUGAGCUAUGUGCCCCACCCUGUGGAGAAGCGCUAUGUCAGAGAGGCAGAAAAAUUUAGACCCUGUGACAUACCCUUUGAGAGCCUGACCACCCACAAAGAGUCCUACCGAGGCCUCCGAGGAAAGCCUGCCAAGAACGCAAAGCCUCCAGCCAGGUGCCCUGUGCAAGAUGCACCUUUCUCAAACGCCACUGAGUUUCAAGAUAAGUAUCAAGCUUGGCCAACGCCCCAGAUGUUCUCCAGAGCUCCUGCUGUGUAUGUCCCUCCUGAGGAGAAGAUGGAUCUUCUGACAACCGUGCAGACCCAUUACAAACACCUUAAGGGUAGCCCUGCUCAGUCUUGCCGACCAGAGCGUCCCAUUAAGAAGAGUGGCUUCUUUGAAAGUUCAACCACCUCCAAGGAUGACUACAAGCAGUGGGCAGCUGUGCACACAAAGCCAAUCAGACCUGUUCCCCAGCUGAGUCUGCCUGUUGAGCCUUUGGACUGCCAGACCACCACUAAGAUCUGCUAUGUGCCCCACCCACCUGUCAGUACUGAAAACUACAAGCCGCGCUGGGUUGGCCCUCGACACAUGCCUGUGGAGACUGAGACUACCUACGCUAUUAGCUUUACUCCGAAGGAAAUGGGCAGGUGCCCAGCAUCAUACAAAGAGCCCCCAGGCUAUGUCUUUGAGGAAGUGAAUGCUACGGGGCACAGGAUAUAUAGGUCAAUUUCUCAGACAGGUUCUAGACAGAACAGCUGCCUUUCUAUACACGAUGCAAAAAAUCCUGGCCAGAAGGAACUGGAAGUGUCAGCCUGA